UCAAACCAAAAUUAACCUCAAAAUUAAAACAUAAUAACGUGAAAAUUAUAUUGUGAAUUGUUAUUCAACAUUAUCUUGUAUUUCGUCAUACUGAAAAAUUAUAAAUAAUCAAAAUUAAAAAAUAAUUAUAAAAGUGACAAUAAGUUUAAAAAAAAAAAUAUUGUUAUGGCAAAGUAUUUGAUACAAAUAAUAGUACUGGGUAGCCAGGUAGUUGGUAGAGCAUUUGCACGAGCACUACGUCAAGAAAUAGCUGCAAGUCAAGAAGCAGCUAAAAGAGCUGGUGGUGGUGCACAAGGUACAAAACGUGCAGCAACAAAUGCAAGAACAGGAAUUGACAUUAAAGAAGCACUUGCUAUUUUAAAUGUUGAAAAACCAGAUCAAAAAGAACUCAUUGAAAAACAUUUUAAAUCUUAUAUGGAAGCAAAUAGUAAAGAAAAAGGUGGAUCAUUUUAUCUACAAUCAAAAAUAUUCAGAGCUAAAGAAAGAAUUGAUGAAGAAUUACGAAUCCAGGAACAAUCAAAACCAAAAACACGUAGUAACAGAAAUAACAACAACAUCAAUGAAGAAAAAUCCUAGUCAAUAAUUUAACAGCUUAUACUAGUAGUCAUGUUGCUAUAAAUGUAAAUACAAACUGUUUUUUAAUAAUAAUAUAAUAAAAAUUUAAAAAUAAUAAAAUCAGUAAAUUGACAAUGAAAGGAGACAAGCUUCGUGAUGUUGUACAUAGUGAACUGUGUCAUGUUGACAAAAGACAAUUGUUAAAAUUUUGUGAUUUAAUUUUUUUUUUGUUGAAUAUUAUAACAACAACAAUAACAACAGCUUAAUA